UUCUUUUUUGUAAAACUCGAUUUCUUCUAAAACGAAAAGAAAGGGGUUCGAAGGGUCGCACCAUGUGGAUUCUACCAUUUCUUGGUUAUGUCGGCGUGAUAUUGGGGUUUGCGUUCUUAACGUUGGCUAUUGCCUCUGGACUAUACUACCUAUCAGAGCUCGUAGAAGAGCACACCGUGAUCGCGAAGAGACUCCUCUACCAAUUGAUCUACGGCAUCAUCGCACUACAGCUCCUGCUCCUCCUGAUCGAUGGAUUCCCGGCCGGCCUGAGCGUCCUGAGCAUAGUGUCGCACCUCAUAUAUGCACAGAACCUACGGCGGUUCCCCAUCGUUAAACUCACGGACCCUCUGUUCCUGUUAUCUUGUGGCCUCGUAAUCGCGAACCACUACCUCUGGUUCCGGCACUUCAGCGCCCCGCCCCCGAACACCUACUCCUCGUCGUACCCGUACGCCCGCGACGCCAACAUCCCCUCCUUCACCGAGAUCGCAUCCUACUUCGGGCUCUGCGUGUGGCUGGUGCCCUUCGCGCUGUUCGUCUCCCUAUCUGCGGGCGAGAACGUCCUGCCGAGCAUGGGGUCGGAGUACGCGACCGGCGAGGGCAGCAGCUUCAUGAGCUCGGGCAAGGUUCCUGCUGGCUCCACCGGGGGCGCGUUUGGAAGCGGUACGGGGGCGGGAGAGGGCAGGAGGAGGCAGAGGAGCGGGACGAAUGCGGGGAUGGCGAAGGCGGUCGUCACGGGGGUUAGGGAGUGGGUUGGGGAGACGGGCGAGGUCAUGGGGCUUUGGAAGGGGGAGAGGACGAGACCGACUUUCUGAUCUCCGGGAGGGAGAGAGGAUGGCACUCUUUCUUUAGAAAUGAAGAAAGGGGGGCGCCAUUUUGUAUUUGUACGACUUUGGAUAGAUGAUUGACGAAUAAUUCACUUAUGUAUGACGU